AUGUAAUUAUUCGUGGAAACUAUUACAUAUAACGGAGUGUAAAGCACAACACUUCCCAGUAUCUUGAAUGCAGGUAUAUCACUUGCAUCUAAAGGACCACCCUCAAAACCGAGUCGUCAACGUUAAAAUUUAAAGUUAAAAAAUUAAAAAACGUUCAAGUAAAAUAUUAUUCAGGCUCCUUCUUGGUGAAUCGUNGGGGGAGCCCAUAGUCAAGUCUAAUGGCGGAAGUAUUUCUGCAGCAUUUUGAACAAAGGGAAGUAAAACAUUUGCUAGAGGACAAACAUAUCAUUUACUAUAAUAGAUAUGUGGAUGACAUAAUUUUGAUUUAUAACCAAUUAAAAGUUACACCCCAAUUCAUCUUAGAUCAGUUCAAUAAGCAAAAUAAAAAUUUGCAUUUCACAUUAAAUGAAGAGGAGAGUAACCAAAUAACGUACCUUGACUUGCAGUUAACAAAUAACCACGGACAAAUAAGAAUGGAGAUAUAUAGAAAGCCCACAUCGACAGACACAACGAUAAGUAAUAGUUCUUGCCAUCCCAAGGAGCAAAAAUUGGCAGCAUACAAAAAUUGGUUGCAUAGAUUAGCCAUUCUACCUCUGGAUAACGUAGCAAAGAGUAAAGAAUUAAAUACAAUCAUUAAUAUUGCGGAGAACAAUGGUUAUAGUAAAGAAUUGAUUACACGUAUGUAUCACAAAUGUCGACAACUAAACAAACUUACCCCCAUUGAAGGAAGUGAACAGAAAUGGGUUUCAUACACAUAUAACGGAUGUUACACUAGGAAAAUUACGAAGCUUUUCAGAAACACGAACGUAAGAAUAGCCUUUAAAGUAAAUCAUACAUUAGGUAAAAUACUUAAUACUAAACAAAGCAAAAACUCUUAUGAGCAAAGCGGCGUUUACAAAUUAACCUGCUUAGAAUGCCAACAAGUGUAUAUAGGUCAAACAGGCAGAAAGUUGAUAACACGCUAUAAUGAACAUAUAAGAUGUAUAAGGUUCAAUAAAGAUGACUCAGCCUAUGCUCAACAUAUUUUAAAUCGACAACAUCAAUAUGGCCCAAUUGCGCAAACCAUGGAAUUGAUUGAAGUGGCAAGGAAGGGAAAAUUAAUGAAUAUCAAAGAAGAAUAUCAAAUCUACCGCCACUACAGGGACAACAAAUUAAUAGAUGAGCAGAAACAGGCAAAAGAGAUCAAUACUCAGAACAGCAUGUUUGACCUCAUUACUACUUGUACACACACACCCCCCACUACGUCACGAUACACAUAGCUUUAAAUAACAUCGACGUACACUCUCCAAUGCAGUACGCAACGCACACCGCGUAAGAUACACCCGACCACAAGCCUACACAACUCUGUGCUGACGCCUCCCCCCAUUG